AUGGCAGCACUAAAUCUUUCUACUCGACUGGAAAGGACAAAUCGGGCUGGAAUUAAUCGGUUUGUAUCCAAAUGUAAAAAUCUCAUCAGAUCCAAUAAUCAAUGGAAAGGCGAUCAACAAUUUUCCCUGAACUUCUUUCUUUCAAUCUGUCUCUCUUUCAAUCUACCUUUCAGUCUGUCUGUCAAUCUAUCUUUCAAUCUUGUUUUUAGUCUGUCUCUCUUUCAGUCUGUCUCUCUUUCAGUCUGUCUGUGUAUCAAUCUAUCUUUCAGUCUACCUUUAAGUCUGUCUUUCAGCCUCUCUUUCAGUCUGUCUUUCAAUCUAUUUCCAGUCUGUCUCUCUUUCAGUCUGUCUCUAAAUCUAUCUUUUAAUCUAGCUCUCAGUCUGCCAAGUCUAUGUCUCUCUUCCAGUCUGUCUCUCUUUCAGUUGUCUCUCAAUCUAUCUUUCAAUCUAGGUUUCAGUCUGUCUGUCAAUCUAUCUUUCAAUCUUCAGUCUCUCUCUCUCUCUCUCUCUCUCUCUCUCUCUCUUUUCCUGUCUGUCCUUCUAAUUAUUUUCCAAUCUGUCUUUCUUUCAGUUUGUCUCUCUUUCAGUCUGUCUGUAUAUCAAUCUAUCUUUCAGUCUACCUUUAAGUCUGUCUUUCAGCCUCUAUUUCAGUCUGUCUGUCUUUCAAUCUAUUCCAGUCUGUCUCUCUUUCAGUCUGUCUCUCAAUUUGCUUUCAUCUGUCUCUCUUUCACUCUGUAUAUCAAUCUAUCUUUCAAUCUAGCUUUCCGUCUGUUUUGCAAUCUAUCUCUCAGUCUGCCUUUAAGUCUGUCUUUCAGCCUAUCUUUCAGUCCGUCUGUCUUUCGAUAUAUUUUCCAAUCUCUCUUUCAUCCUGUCUUUCAAUCUUUCAAUCUGUCUUUCAGCCUGUCUUUCAGUCUGUCAGUCUUUCAGCCUGUCUUUCAGUCCGUCUGUCUUUCGAUCUAUUUUCCAAUCUCUCUUUCAUCCUUUCUAAUCAGUCUUUCUGCCUGUCUUUCAGUCCGUCUGUCUUUCGAUCUAUUUUCCAAUCUCUCUUUCAUCCUGUCUUUCAAUCUUUCAAUCUGUCUUUCAUCCUGUCUUUCAAUCUUUCAAUCUGUCUUUCAGCCUGUCUUUCAGUCUUUCAGCCUGUCUUUCAGUCCGUCUGUCUUUCGAUCUAUUUUCCAAUGGCUCUUUCAUCCUGUCUUUCAAUCUUUCAAUCUCUCUUUCAUCCUGUCUUUCAAUCUUUCAAUCUGUCUUUCAGUCUGUCAGUCUUUCAGCCUGUCUUUCAGUCCGACUGUCUUUCGAUCUAUUUUCCAAUCUCUCUUUCAUCCUGUCUUUCAAUCUUUUUCAAUCUGUCUUUCAUCCUGUUCUUUCAAUAAAUCUUCUUUAGCCUGUCUUUCAGUCUUUCAGCCUGUAUUUCCAAUCCGUCUGUCUUUCGAUCUAUUUUCCAAUCUCUUUUCAUCCUGUCUUUCAAUCUUUUCUGUCUUUCAGCCUGUCUUUCAGUCUGUCAGUCUUUCAGCCUGUCUUUCAGUCCAUCUGUCUUUCGAUAUUUUUCAAUCUCUUUUCAUCCUGUCUUCAAUCUUUCAAUCUGUCUUUCAGCCUGUCUUUCCAGUCUGUCAGUCUUUCAGUUGUCUUUCAGUCCAUCUGUCUUUCGAUCUAUUUUCCAAUCUCUCUUUCAUCCUGUCUUUCAAUCUUUUUCAAUCUGUCUUUCAACCUGUCUUUCAGUCUGUCCAGUCUUUCAGCCUGUCUUUCAGUCCAUCUAUCUUUCGAUGUAUUUUCCAAUCUCUCCUUCAUCCUGUCUUUUCAAUCUUUCAAUCUGACUUUCAGCCUGUCUUUCCAGUCUGUCAGGCUUUCAAUCUCUUUCAGUCCGUCUGUCUUUCAAUUCUAUUUUCACCUCUCUCUUUCAUCCUGUCUUUCAAUCUUUCAAUAUCUCUUUCAUCCUGUCUUUCAAUCUUUCACUCUGUCUUUCAGCCUGUCUUUCAGUCUUUCAGCCUGUCUUUCAGUCCGUCUGUCUUUCGAUCUAUUUUCCAAUCUCUCUUUCAUCCUGUCUUUCAAUCUUUCAAUCUGUCUUUCAGCCUGUCUUUCAGUCUUUCAGCCUGUAUUUCAGUCCGUCUGUCUUUCGAUCUAUUUUCCAAUCUCUUUUUCAUCCUGUCUUUCAAUCUUUCAAUCUGUCUUUCAUCCUGUCUUUCAAUCUUUCAAUCUGUCUUUCAGCCUGUCUUUCAGUCCGUCUGUCUUUCGAUCUAUUUUCCAAUCUUUCUUUCAUCCUGUCUUUCAAUCUUUCAAUCUGACUUUCAGCCUAUCUUUCAGUCUGUCUUUUCAGCCUGUCUUUCAGUCCAUCUGUCUUUCGAUCUAUUUUCCAAUCUCUUUCAUCCUGUCUUUCAAUCUUCAAUCUGUCUUUCAGCCUGUCUUUCAGUCUGUCUGUCUUUCCGCCUGUCUUUCAGUCCGUCUGUUUUCGAUCUAUUUUCAAUCUCUUUCAUCCUGUCUUUCAAUCUUCAAUAUCUCUUUCAUCCUGUCUUUCAAUCUUUCAGCCUGUCUUUCAGCCUGUCUUUCAGUCUUUCAGCCUGUCUUUCAGUCCGUCUUCCAUCUGUCUUUCGAUCUAUUUUCCAAUCUCUCUUUCAUCCUGUCUUUCAAUCUUUCAAUCUCUCUUUCAACCCCGUCUUUCAGUCUGUCAGUCUUUCAGCCUGUCUUUUAGUCCGUCUGUCUUUCAUCCUUAAAUCUUUCAAUAUCUCUUUCAUCCUUCUUUCAAUCUGUUUUUCAAAAUUUUUCAGUCUUUCAGCCUGUCUUUCAGCCCGUCUGUCUUUCGAUCUAGUCUCUUUUCAUCCUGUCUUUCAAUCUUUCAAUCUGUCUUUUAAAAAAGUCUGUCAGUCUUUCAGCCUGUCUUUCAGUCCAUCUCCUGUCUUUCAGUCCAUCUGUCUUUCGAUCUUUUUAAAAUCUCUGUGUCUUUCAAUCUUUCAAUCUGUCUUUCACAUUGAUUUUUUGUCUGUCAGUUCUUUCAGCCUGUCUUUCAGUCCGUCUGUCUUUCAAUCUUUCUCUCUUUCAUCCUGUCUUUGCAAUCUUUCAAUAUCUCUUUCAUCCUGUCUUUCAAUCUUUCAAUCUGUCUUUCAGCCUGUCUUUCAGUCUUUCAGCCUGUCUUUCAGUCCAUCUGUCUUUCGAUCUAUUUUCCAAUCUCUCUUUCAUCCUGUCUUUCAAUCUUUCAAUCUGUCUUUCAGCCUGUCUUUCAGUCUGUCAGUCUUUCAGCCUGUCUUUCAGUCCAUCUGUCUUUCGAUCUAUUUUCCAAUCUCUCUUUCAUCCUGUCUUUCAAUCUUUCAAUCUGUCUUUCAGCCUGUCUUCCAGUCUGUCAGUCUUUCUGUCUGUCUUUCAAUCUGGCUGUCUUUCUGUCUCUAUUUCAACAUAGCUUUCAGUCUGUCUUUCAAACGGUCUAUUUUCCUUCUGUCUGCCUGUCUUUCAAUUAGUUUGUCUGUCACUCUUUUAAUCUGUCUAUCUUUCCUUGUUUCUUUUUUUUCUCCAUUUUUCCUUGAUUCCUUCUUCGUUUCUUUCUACACUUUCCCUUUUCUUCCCUUUUUUUCCUUUUCUUCUCUUUCAUUAUUUCUCUUUUUCUUAUUCAUUAUUUCCUUAUUUUUUUUCUUUGUUUCCUGUUUCUCUGUCUUUAUUGAUCGUUCCUUCCCGUUUUACUUUUUAUUCAUUUAUAAACGUUUAAUUUGA